AUGGAUCUCCUUCUCCGCCGCCACGAGGGUCACCACGAGGUGACGACGGAUCGGUACUGGGCUUUUGGGUACUACUUUGAAUCUCUCGACGACAAGCAGAAGCACCAGCGCCGCGAGUAUCUGGACUGGUAUGGCUUUGUUGCACAGUGGUCGGUGCUGGUCAUUUUUGCGCUAUUCCAGCUGGGCUUUGCCAUUUCAUGGGUCAUCAGAAGUGGCUUGAAAUAUGAUCAGCCUAAAUCUCCUUCCUUUGCAAAAAGCACAAAUGAUAGGUUGGGCUGGUUGAGAAAGGUGCAUGGCGGGUGCAAUAGGAUCAUGUGGUGGAUGCGAAAAGAUGCCAUUAGGGGUUGGGCCUGGGGAACAAGAGGAGAGUGGAUCGGUGCGGCUGCGUGGACAAUAUGGCUGCUCUACCUCUCAGUUGCACACACUGGAAAAGAUUAUCUUCAUCUGACGAAGCGAUUUGGGCAAAUUGGCGCAUCACAACUACCAAUUCACUACCUGCUGGCCAUGCGAGCACCAUACAGCCCGGUGCAAUUUCUGACGCGACUCUCACAUGAGCAGAUUAAGAACUUCCACCAAAUUCUAGGACGCAUCGUAUUCCUUCUGUUCCUGCUGCACACGGCAUUCUACCUCAACUUUUUCGUUUUGUCUGGCUUCAUUGCAAAGCGAAUCAAGGACUGGGACGUGAUCUGGGGCCUCAUCAGCAUCAUCCUUUUUUCCAUCAUCAGCACCACUGCCCUUGGGUUUGUGCGGAAGAGAAACUACCGCGUCUUCUACAUUUCACACAUUGCCAUUGCAAACUUGAUUAUUGUGCCGCUAUUCCUUCACGUAUCGCAUCUCCGCGUAUACGUGUAUGAGAUUAUUGCAGUAGAGGCUCUACAUCUCAUCUUCCGCGCUUUGCGUCUCAAGACGUACCAAGGCACCAUCAAGCUUCUUCCCGGUACCAACCUGGUUCAAGUUCGCAUUCCAUUACCAUCGGACAGCAAAGCUCUAACCUGGAAACCUGGACAGCAUGUGUUCCUCAGCAAACCCGGGAAUCAAGGCAAGACUCCCAAAUGGUACGAUCAAAUGCUCGCUGUUAACAAGACAAACCCAUUCACGAUUGCAUCCCUCCCGUCUAAAGACAAGGAAUUGCUACUGAUUGCGAGAACGCUCAACGGGAACACAAAGUACCUUGCGGAGCUUGCGCGAUCUCUGGCACAGGGGGGCAGCAGCGUACCCAUGCUGCCCACAGCAGGCGGCGACAUUCCAAUAUUGCCACUGACUCUUGAGGGGCCUUAUGGCGGAUCGACCCGGCUGCCAGACCUGUCAGAUUAUGACAAAGUGCUUUUGGUAGCUGGUGGCGUGGGAGCAACUUUUGUUAUGCCAAUCUAUCGGAGCAUUCGCGAGCUUCACAGCCUCACGCCGACAAGCACGCAGAUCCGAUUCAUAUGGGCAGUGCAGAAGCUUGUCGAGACACAGUGGGCAUUCCCUGCAAACUCGCAAUCUGGGGAUAAGCAGAUGGACGAUGACAAUGACGAUGAGGGCGGUGCAGGGAUGCAAGCGAACGGAAAUGGGCUGCUGCACGGACCGAGCAACGUGGAGGUUUAUGUGACACGGCCGUCGGGACCAAAUCUGCAAGUCAAUGCGAAUGCGUCUGGUGGUGCAUUUGCCGUUGAUUCGGAUGACGAAGAUGGCGAGGCGAUUGAAAUGCAGGAGAAUGAGCAGCUGCUGAGCAUGGAGGAGCAGAUGGAAAAGCCACGCAAGGGUAUGGCGAUCAAGAGUGGGAGGCCCGAUCUCAGGGGAAUUGUAGACGAGGUGUUCAGCAAGGGGGUGCGGACUGCUGUGAUUUGCUGUGGCCCCAAGCGGAUGACAGACGAUCUAAGGAGCAAUGUCGAGGUAUGGGUGAAGAAGGGCCACGAUGUGUUUUGGUACGAUGAAACGUUUGGCUGGUAG